AUGGAAAAGAGAGCCAUCACCUUGGAUAUAAUUUUAUUUAUUUUGUGUCUGAUAGCUGUGGUGAAGAAUGGCUUAAUUACUGCAGAACUAGGCAUGCAGUGGUUGCUGUGGAGAAUAUUGUCACCUUGAGAUAAAUUAUUGAUCAUGAGAGAAUUUGUGGUUUUUCUGUAUCCAAAUUCCUUCCUGUACAAUCCUGUACUCCAGUUCCUCGCCUUUCACUGGGACUUCUUGAAUGAUGCUACCUUAUGGUUUUCCUACUGGCACAGUGUUUUCUAUCAUGUGAAAAUUGCAAUCCUCACUCACCCUGUCUUCCUCUGCCCAAAGCAGAAGGUGUUUGGGUGGUUGCUCAGCUCUGUGGGGUUUUUCAGCUUGAAUGCCAUCUUAUUUUUCAUAAACAAUGAAAGCAUAUAUAGGAAUUAUUGAAGGAGAGGUCUGCAAUCUUGGAAUGCCACUGGAAAUACUAUCAGGAAAUUUGAGAAAUUCUACUUCUUCCCUCUAAAAAUUAUUACUUGAACAGUCCCUACCAUUGUCUUCUUCACUGGCAUUUUGCUCAUCACAUCUUUGGGAAGACACGACAAAAAGACCUUCUUGUAUAUCUUGGGCUCUCAUGCCCCAGUGCUCAUGCACACAUCAAGGCUCUCACUGGUGCUCAACAUUGCAUGUAUUUUCCCAUCGCAGGAAUUUAAAUGGAAGGUGAUUUAUCUGUCCACAGUGGUCCACCCCAUCAUUCUACUGGUGAGCAACCCCGGCUGA